AAUCUUAUUCGUCACGUCACUUACAGCAACCGAGCAUCGGCAAGCAUGGCGUUUCCGGGCGGCUCCAAGGCUGAAGACAAGAUAAUCACGCCGUUCAAGCGCUUCUGGCGGACCACCGUCAGUCAGCCAUCAGCACCACCCAAAGCCAACAACCCGAUACGGUUUGGUAUCUUAUUCGGGCGCGACUUGGACACCUCAGCCCUGAUCUUCCCGGCGAAGCACCAUCCUGGUGCCGUUCUCUGGGGAGUCGCUUGUACGGACAGCCGGGAGGCCUUGCAAGCGCGGAGCAAGCACGGCUUCCGCUAUGCGUAUGAGUCGUACGAGCACCUCCUCAACGAUCCGACAAUUGAGGCCGUCUACAUCGAGGUCGGCAUUCAGCAUCGCUUGGAAUGGGCAUUGCGAGCUCUUGACAAGAAAAAGCACGUCCUGCUAGAUACGCCAUGUGCCGGCUGUCCACACGAUGCAUUUCGCCUCUUCAACUCUCCGUUGCUCCGCUCCCAGGAAGCGCCCGUCAUCCUUGAGGUCGCACCCUACCGCUUUCAUCCCAGCUGGCUCGAGUUUGAGAGACACAUCGACAGGCCCUACAUCGAGAAGGCCACCGUCAAAGUGACCUUGCCAACCAGCCUGAUCUCCAAGACCGAUACUCGGUUCAGACGUGAGCAAUCUGGCGGGGCCCAGCUGGACCUGACGUAUGCCAUGUUCAUGCUACGGUCCAUCUUCGGUACCGAGCCAUCGUCGUGCGACGAGAUGGCGGUGCGCCGCGACCCUGCGGGCCCGGCCCGGUACGACCGCGACUACAACUACAAAGGCAAAUGGCGCUUUCCGACCACAUAUAGCAAUGGUCAACCGCCCGCCGUCGGCGAGGUGAAAUCGACCGUGAAGACCGGGUUUCUGAACGUCCUGCCCUUUCGUCCCUGCGUCGUCGCCACGGUAGUGCACCGCAAGAAGGAGGUGAUUAAUUUGAACAACCACGACGAGAACAAGGUGGAGGUCAAAAGGACAGUGACACUCAGCUACUACGUAAGCGAUGCGUCGAAGCAUGAGAUUGAGAUUGUGGACAAAACUUUCGUCACUGAUCGGGCCAACAACCGCCUGGUUAGCGAGACAGCGAAGAAAAGAGACACUUCGGCCUACACUCUGGACACCGCUCCCACUGCCGAGGGGCUCGAAGCGAAGCCAUAUUGGACAGCACCAAUGUACCAACUCGACGCGUUUCUCCAGCGGAUCCAUCAAUCACCGAAUGCCAGCCCUGCUUGGGUCAGCGGCGACGACAGCAUUAACCAGAUGAACAUGAUGGGUGGCGCCUAUGUCGCAAUGGGCAGACCACUGCCGCCGAACAGCACUUUCUACUUCGAUUACCAGAUGGAGGGCCCUGCUCACGAGAACGGGCAGCCCCAGGCUCAGGGAAACCCCCCGGUCCAAGACCAGCCACACAUCCGGAUCGACGCUGCGAGUCAAGGAGAGAACCCAAUCGAAGAAGCUCCCCAAGUUCAAGGGCAGCUUCAGCCUCAGACGAACGCCCCCGAUCAUAAGGUAAACCCGACCCAAGGAGAUUCCCAAGCUCGAGGGCAUGCCGAACCCCAGACCAACCCCCCGAGCGCAGAGGCGAGCCAGGCCCAGGGAAGCUCUCACGCCCAAGGGCAGCUCCAGCAGCAGACCAGUACCCCGAACAUGGGGCAGACCCUGGAUCGAGAAAUCCCUCAACCCCAGGAGCAGUCCCAACCCCGUGCGUCGAAUCCGUCGGGAAGCUCGGCUCAAGGAAGUUCCCACGUUCAAGGGCAGUCCCAGCUUCAGGCCAAAGCUUCGGAUCAGGUCCAUAGCCAGUCCCAGGGAAGCUCUCACGUUCAAGGGCAGUUCCAGCCUCACACCAACCUGCCAAAUCAAGGAGUAAGCCCAGUCCAACGUAAUCCCUUUCGGCAAGCGCGGUCCCAGCAGCGCCGGGCCAACACCACCAACGAGGGCCAAAGCCCGGCCGAGUCGAGUUCCCAAGCUCCAGGACCAAACCAAUCGCAGAUCAACCUGGUGAACCCGGGGACCCCGGGGGCAUACCCCGGCUCAGCACGAAGUUCAGACGAGGACGAGCCUGGGCCCGUCAGCAUGACACAGAUCCAAGCCCAGCCAAUGAUCUAGGGAAUGAUCUAGGGAGCAUGUAGCGUCUUUGUUGAGACCAGCUUUCCGGCUUUUGCUUCGCACGGCAUGCCGGUGGAAGCAACAUGAUCUCUGUCGGAUGGGGAGGCGAGGUCCAGGGAACGCGGGAGAGAAACACACACCAGCGAUGCCCAAGAAAGCGACAGUGGGAGCUCGGGCUGCAGUAUCAAUAUGUGGUAGUCGUUACCGUCAUCUAAGUAAU